AUGUCCACUGUGAUUCUUGGAGGAGGCAUCAUCGGAUCUUCAAUUGCCUACUACUUGUCUGAAAAUGGAUCGUCUGACGAGAUCCAUAUUGUUGAGGCAUCGUCUCAGUUGUUCAGUGCUGCAUCCGGAUAUGCUGCAGGCUUCCUAGCCAAGGACUGGUUUGCGCCAGCUCUUGCACCCCUGGGAGCUCUCUCUUUCAAUCUGCAUCAGUCGUUGGCGGCUAAGCAUGGGGGGGCGCAGAAAUGGGGAUAUAUGAAAGGCACAGCACUGAGCCUGGACCUUUCCAAGAAGAAUAAGAAAGAAGGUGCUCCUGGAGAUGACUGGCUGAGUGCAGGAACAAGUCGAGCAGAAGCAGCUGCCAGCUCCAGCAGUCCUAUUCAUGCUGAGGUACCCGGCUGGUUGACGAAGCAGAAGAAAGGCGUCCUUGAGAAGAUUAGCGAUGAUGACACUGUUGCUCAAGUGUUAGUAGUGAUUAUUGCGAACUCUGCCGCAUGGCGAACUGACGGCGUUUAG